GAAUUUAUCGAAUUCCGCGGGCGCGUUCACCAAUAUACCCUGCGUUCACACGCUAGGAUUGUGUGGUGAAUUGUUAUAUAUUUUCUAUAACUGAGAGCAGAUCAGUUAAUUCGAAACUUGAUUUGCACCUUGAAUUUCCUUGACAGCACCAUUGAAAGCUCGCAAGAUGUAUACUCCACAAGUCAACGCAAUUUCUCGGGAAUCAUUUUCUGCCAGAGGAUCUCCGAGAACGUCUGCAACUAAGUCAAAAUCUGCCAUAAAAUCACGUGGAUUGCUCAGCUCAUCAUUUUCUGCAAGUCCUGGGGCUGGUCUGCAUACUUCAAGGAUCAUUGAAGAGACUCAAGAAUACUCUUUGGAGUCAUUGGGGUCUCCCCUUCCAGUGCUGGUCACUGAAGUGCUGUCUUCAUCUGAGAGAUCUGGCGAGGUAUCGGUGCAGGUGUCGGAGCGCGGCUGGGCGUGGCUGGUGUGCGGCCGCCGCCUGUUCGUCUGGCGCUAUGCCCAGUCCAGCUCGGAGGCGGCCUCUCGCCGCCUGGCGCUGUGUCGCGAGCUCACCCUGCCGCCCAGUGACCUGGCGCACCGCGCUGAGCUGGUACAGGUGCUCGGCGGCUCCGAGGUGCACGUGCCCAGUUGUCUGGCAGUGUCCCCCGAGGGCACGCUGCGCUUCUGGCCCAGCGUCAUCUAUGAGAGCUCCAGCACUGAAAGCAACGCUGACCUGCAGGGCCAGGAGUGUGAGCGUCUGAUCUGUCUGGGCGACUCGAGCUGCCUGCUGGCCACCACCACGUCCACGCUGGUGCUUGUCUCGUGGCCGGGCGGCGCGCUGGGCUGCCGUCGCCUGGCCCCGCCGGCCGGCCUGCUGGGCGGCAUCGGCCGGCGCGUCUCCUCGCUCAUCUGGGGAGCCAUGCAGACCGCCGGAGCUGAGGAGCCGCUGGUUUCACUGCGAGCGGCGGCGCCGGAGGAGCCGGACUGUAUCGGUCACACGGUGUACGUGAUGACAGCGCGCCACCUGCAGCGCUGGUGGGUGGCCGACGCCGAGCACAUGGACUCGCAGCUCGACGUGGAGCGGCUGGCGCGUGACGCUUUCGUUCAGCACCUCUGGAGUGCCGACACAGCCAGCGAGGAACUGGAGGUGACCCUGCGGGACCUGUGGGUGACCAACGUCGGCAUCGUGGUUCUGGCCACCGCACUGAGUCCCACUCAGCCCGGCACGGCCGUAUUCGCCAUAGGUGUGCUGGAGGACAGCGUGGACCGUCUGCCGCGCCAGUGGUCCCGGUUCGACGUCGUCCAGUACACGCUGCCGGUCGAACAGUGCGCCGGCACUGAGCUCCGCCUGCUGGCCCCCGGCGAGCGGGCCUACAUCCAGCUGCGGCGUCAGAUCCUCUGCGUCAACCUGUCGUGUCCCUCAGAGCCGGCCGAGACGCUGCGUCUGUCGUCCCCGUCCGACCAGGUGCUCGGAUGGGGUCUGGGCGCCGACUCUGCCCCGCUGGUCUUCACCAGCCACCACGGCCUGCUGAGGCUGAACGCGCGCGCCCCCUGCGGCGCCACCACCGUCGCCGAUACCAGCACCACCGUCCCCGGCUCGAUGUUGACCAUGGACCAGAGCCGGCUGAACCAGUCUCUGAACGUGUCCAUGACUCAGGCAGACGUGGAUGAGCUGACCUCGGGCGGUCCCAAGGCGCGGCUCCGCGCCGCCUGCAUCCUCUACUGCCGGAACGAGCUGACGCGCUGCGCAGAAUUGGUGGAGGAGCUGUUUCCGCGCCGGUCGGCCGACGGGUUCGACUCACAGCUGGAUAAAACGGUGGCCGACCUGAGCGCGGACGUCAUCAACGACUACCCGGCGUCCGACCCGCGCUGGGCUGAGGCCAUGCCGCACGAUGCCACCGUGUCGACGACCAACUCUCUGAUCCUGCUAAAUCAGCUCGGCGACAAGCGGGAGGCGCACCAGCUCUACCUGGCCUUCCUCCGGGCCGUCGGACUCUGGGACCGGCUGACGGGUAUCAGUCGCGAGGAUUCGGCGGUGGCCACCACUCAGGUGCUGCGUGAGCACCACGAGAAGAUCCUGGCCGCCAUGGCGCUCACCAACCAGUCGGCACAACUGGGUCAGGUGGUCGACGACGCCGUCACCCGCGUGGUCGAGGAGCGCGGCGAGGUGCCGCAGCACCCGCUCACGGCGCAGGACGUCUUCUUCCGCCACCUGUCGGCCGUGGACGAUAUUAUCGGUGCGCUGGUCGGCCUCCAGGAGGAGCUGCUGGCCACGGGCGCUCCGCCGCGCGACCUGGUGCAGCUGACCUCGGACACAAACACCAUACUGGUGCGGAUGCUGACGUCUGUGUCGGCGGCGGCGGCCGACCUAACCCCUGAACAGACCCCCACCACCGGGGAGGAGGGAUCUGAGUGGCCCCAGCAGCAGCAGUGCCGCGAGCGGCAGCCCUGGGGCACGGCCGGUCCGGCCCGCGAGCUGCUUCACCGUCAGUACCAGAUCACACUCAAACAGGCGCUGCCCAACACGGAGACGGGCGCGACACGGACCAGCCUCUACCAGCAGCUGCUGGAGCUGGCUGACCUGCUGCUCUCCGGCUACACCGUUCAGCUGGAGAGUCUGCGCGGCGUCGAGCGGUAUGCGGCGGUGGAGGCGGAGUUUGAAAAGGACCGCUACCAGUUGAUCCAUCCGCUAUUGGAGGCUGAGGAGUACGAGCGUGCCACCAGUCUGGCCGAGAAGUACCUCGACUUCCGUAUCCUGGUGGAGGUCUGUGAGAAGACCAACAGCACCGAGCGGCGUAACAAGUACCUGACACAGUUCGCCGACAAGGGUUUCGCCGACUUCCUGUUCAACUGGUACCUGGACCAGGGCCGGCGCGGACAGCUGCUCAGCCAGUGUCGCCGUGCCGAGCUCGCCGGCUUCCUACAGGAGUACCGCGGCCUGCGCUGGCUGAAUGAGCUGGAGGCCGGGCGGUAUGGACAGGCGGGGGAUACACUGGAGCAGUGUGCCACGUCGGAGACGGAGUUCCUCACCAGGAAGAAGACCUAUCUGAGUCUGGCGAAGCUGUGUGCGCUGGCCGGCCGGCAGGGCAAUGAGCUGGAGGGCAGACUGGCGCGGCUGCAGCCCGAGUUUGAGCUGACGCAGCUUCAGGAGCAGCUGCCGCUCUCUGUACUGGAG